AUGGAGAGGACGCCGGUGAUGGUGAGGCAGGGCGGCCAGGAGGUGCUGAGGCAGCUGCCGCCCGGGUUCCGCUUCCGCCCUACAGACGAGGAGCUGGUUGUGCAGUACCUCCGCCGAAAGGCCCUUGCCCUCCCGCUCCCAGCUGCUGUCAUCUCCGAUGUCCACAACCUCUACAGCCUCGACCCCUGGGACAUCCCCGGCGCGAGAGAGGGGGAGAAGUACUACUUUGCGGUCCGGCCGGCCGCCGGCGCCAAGAGGGGUGGCAGGACCACGACGGCGAGCGGGUGCUGGAAGCCCGCGAGCGCGAGGGAGAGGCCGGUGGUGGUGUCCCGGUGCGGCCGGAGCCACCUCGUUGGCGUCAAGAAGUUCCUGGCCUUCGUCCCCCGACGUGGCAAGGGCAAGGGCUCCAAGGCGCCGCCGGCGCCAGCGCAGAUCGGCUGGGUCAUGCACGAGUACCGCCUCGCCCUGCCGCAUCACCACAAGAAUGGUUGCUGCUUGGCUGAGGCUGGAACACAAGAGUGGGUAGUGUGCCGGAUCUUCCAAAGGGACAGAUCGUCGUCGUCGUCCAACAGACAAACGCCGGGCAUCCACGGCACCGACGCGCACCGCACGAUGCCACCGAUGCCACCAUCGCCAUCGUCGUCGUCUUCCAGCUGCGUCACAAGCGGCGGCAGCUCCUCAGACCUGCAGGAAGAGGUCAGCAGCUGA